CUCAGAGCUGUGGAUCGCUGAAAGUCGUGCGCACGCCGCGCUAAAGCUUAACGCUCGCAUGCCGCCCCGCUCUCGCACGCCCUCCUCCAAGAAGCCCGCCGCCGCGGCGACGACUGCGGAGCGGUCUCGCCGCCGCGGGGCUGUGACGAAGCCCUCCUGCCGGCAGCGAAAGCUCACCUUUGAGAGCGCCCCCGCGGAGGACGCCCAUGUUGAGACCGUGCCCGACGUCGCGUCCUCCGAUACCGAGGAGGAGGACCGUUCCGAGGCGGCGGCGGCCGCCGCCGCCGCCGCCGCCCUGCCGCCGCUGACCGCGGCCGAGGAGAAAGAGCUCAAGGCGUUUGACCUGGACUCGACCUACGGGCCCUGCCUCGGCCUCACGCGUCUCGAGCGGUUCCUGCGCGCGGAGAAGCUCCAGAUCAACCCGCCGCCGUCUGUGCGCGAGAUCCUCCACCGCGUCCACCCGACCAGCCCCAGUGCGCAUGCAAUCCUGAGCGGAAAGCCCGGCGUCGUGUGUUGACGGGCCGCGGCCAGGCACUGAGUGCACAAGGAAGUGGAGUGGGGGGCGGGCGCCCAUGCGUGCAGACGGGCACAAAGAUGCCACGUGGAAGUGGGGCGGGGGCGGGCGGCCAUGCGUGUCCGAAGCGGGGGGGAGGAGACCGAGCGGCACGGCUGCCGCGCUGCCCCCGCGCGGCGCUCACAGGGGCGAGGGGCGCCCCCUGCGUCGGGCCGCGAAGCUCCCCUGUCUCGUGUGAUUGUUUAUGAAUGUCAGCUGGG